UGCGCAGAGAAAGGCGCUGUCUGCUCCACCCGAUGCAAACAACAACGUCUUCUUAACCUCGGUGGCAAGGCGGUGUCGAAUCAACGUUUCGCUUUCGACUUUGAGGAAGUUCGUAUCAGUUACUCUAUCCUACGAGCUGGAGAACCCCCCCUCGUCUCAUUCCGCUGCUCCUCCAGCGACCUGCAGUCAGCAUGUCCUCCGAGCUCCACAGCUCGGGAUGGAGGAUCAUCGAUUAUCUUCUGAGAACUUCUGAGGAAGGAGUCAGCGUCCAGAGGCUGCGAGACUUCUACAAUGAGUUUAGAGGAAGAUAUCACCCCAGCUUCUCCAAUGUCCUCAAUGCUCUGGAGAGGUCCAACAAAAUCGUCAUAGAGCAGAGCAUCGUCUACGUGAUGGAUGGACCUCAGCCCAGAGAUCACUGCGACCAGCGGCGAAGGCCUCGGGCCCCUCGGCGGCAGAACCCCACCUGGGGCCCCGAGGAACCGGCUGCAUCCUCCCGUGGCCCCUCCACCGCUGUGUCCCCCGCGCGGACCCCCACGAACCUGGCCUCAAGGGUCCUGAAGGAGUUACAAGUUAACAGGAAAAUGCUGAUGGCCGACAAGAAGGGCAUCGAGAUCACCUCAAACCCGGUGUCAACCGAGGGCAAGGUUCAGCACAUCGUGGAAUCCCUCAGAAAGACGUUCCUUAUCAAGUUCCACAUUGAAAAUAAGGGCCAGUACGCCAUCAACCUCACCUACUACACUGCCCUGCUCAGGAUCUGCUGCUUCACUCUGGAGGACGAGAAGAGAGUCAGCCGAGCCUCUCCCUUCUGCCUCAAUCCUGGAGAAAGUUAUGAAGUUGUGGCUCGGUACAAGCUGAAAUAUCAUGGAUAUUUCCCUGCCCUGAUUUACUUUGAGUUCUUGCCAGUUGAUACCAAAUCGGCGCCUGAGCCCUUCUCCAUCGUGAGGGAGAUGGUCGCUUCUACCAGGAUCCCUCUGGCUUUGGAGCUGGGGCCCGUGGCUCCUUACUGCAGACCACAUCGGAGGAUGGCACACAAGCAGGUCGCAACCAUUUUAGUGCGGUUGGAGCGUCCUGAGAGGACCUUUGUGGAGACACCAGUUAAAUUAGGAGACUUCAAGUACCCUCAAUACCUAAAGAGACUGGCUAAACAAAACCUGAAGGACUCCGAGAACCUUUCUCCAGCCGACAGAUCCAAACUGGAAACAGUGAAGAGACACCUCAGGGGUCCCCUGAAGAUGAAGAACUACUAUCACCGGUUCAACCAUCUGCUGCACCUGGAAGAGAUUCAGGUGGAGGUGGAAAUCGGGAAGUACGACCUCCACAAUCAAACCAUGACUCGGGACCCAAGCAACAGAAAGCUGCUCACGCUCAAAGUUCCUGGUGUUGCUGAGAAUCGGCCAUCUGUAAUAAGUGGAGACUGCCUGAAGGUGUCCAAAUCUGGGGACACAUCAAAGCCACUCCCUGUUUACCUCGGAAAAGUUCACAAAGUCGAGCUGGAUAGUGUGAAGCUGAGCUUCCCUCAGAAGCUGUUGGACGUAUUUAAAGACAACAUGGAGUUUGAUGUGGAGUUUACUCAAAACCGGUACCUUUUGAAGCUGCAGCAUCGGGCGGUGGACUUGGCAGCUAAAUAUAACCUGGAAGACGUGCUGUUCCCAUCUGGUGCAGCAGCGACUAAUCCCUCCCUGCGGACACUCAGCAUGUUUGACAGGAAUCUGGAAAAUAACCCAGAGCAACGUGCUGCAGUCCAGCACAUUGUAGCAGGAUCGUCUAAACCAGCUCCUUAUCUGGUGUUUGGGCCUCCUGGAACUGGAAAGACAAGCACUGUGGUUGAAGCUAUGUACCAGGUUAGCAUGGCCAAUCCGUCAGCCCACAUCCUGGCCUGUGCACAUUCAAACAGUGCAUGUGACUUACUGUGGGAGAGACUGAUGGUGCCCAUGGAUGGUCAACCGGUUUACCGCAUGUACGCCAACUACCUAGACCCAGGGAGUGUCCCCGAGCACCUGCUGGAUAAUUGUAACUGGGAUAAGAAACUGGAAGAAUUCUCGUUUCCGGGUAAAGAAACUCUGAUGAAUUCUAAAAUCGUAGUCACAACUCUGUUCACAGCUGGCAGACUCGUGUCUAGAGGAAUCCCAGUCGGUCAUUUCACUCAUGUGUUUGUGGAUGAAGGCAGCCAGGCAGUGGAGCCAGAAUGUGUCAUCGCUGUUGCAGGUCUGCUCAACCCAAAGACGGGGGGUCUGUUGGUGCUGGCAGGAGACCCCAUGCAGCUGGGACCCAUCGUCCAGUCUCCUCUUGCAUUGCAUCAUGGCCUCGGAGUUUCUCUGCUCGAGAGGCUGAUGAAAUAUAACGACCUGUACAAGACGAGUAAAGACGCCCGCUACGUCACCAAGCUGCUGAGAAACUACAGGUCUCACGCUGCCAUUGUGAAAAUCCCCAAUGAGCUCUUCUAUGACAACGAGGUGCAGGAGUUUGCCGACCGGUUGGACCGCGAGACGUACUGCAACUGGAAACACCUCCCGAAAGAGGGUUUCCCAGUGAUCUUUCACGGGGUGAUCGGAAAAGGAGAGAGAGAGGCCAACAGUCCGUCCUACUUCAACGUGGCUGAGAUCCAAGUCAUCGUCGACUACCUCACCAAGCUGAUGGAAACACAAGAGAAGAACGGUCUCCCCAAACUCUCUGCGAAAGACAUCGGCAUCAUCGCCCCCUACAGGAAACAAGUUGAGAAAAUCCAAAAAGCCCUGAAGGCCUCCGUGGCUCUGCGUCAGUGGCCUGAAGUCAAAGAGAUCAAGGUGGGGUCUGUGGAGGCGUUCCAGGGAGACGAGAGGAGGAUCAUCAUGGUAUCGACUGUCCGCAGCAGCAUCAACUCCAUCAAGAUGGACAAAGACUUCUACAUCGGAUUCCUGUCUAAUCCAAAGAGGUUCAAUGUGGCUGUGACGAGAGCCAGAUCCCUGCUGAUUGUUGUGGGGAACCCUGAGAUCCUCACCAAGGACCCCACCUGGGAGAAGUUCAUCAGCUACUGUGUGAAGGAGAAGGGUUACCGGGGAUGUGACCAGAAGGAUGUAGAGAGCGAAGAUGAUCCAUAUUGAGUCUGGAAACUCUGAACCUCUGAGUGGAUUCUGAACAUGAGAGCCCCCCCCUCCAGCAGCGUGUGGACCCAUAGUGGAAAACAGACAAUCUGCAGUGACAUCACACACUGCUAAUACACUGUAUUAGUUUUUAAGGUUUAACCACAUAAGCAUCAAUUACUACUGUACUUCAGUAACCUUCCUACCAGCAGUUUUGCAUAUUUUUAUGUUAAUACCAAAGUAAAUCUGUUGUUUGACUUUU